ACCCGCCCACUCAGGUCAGAGUGGUAUCAUCGUCUGAAGGGAGAGGACGCAUGUUUCUGAGGACUUUUUAUUGUCACAUGUCUGAAUGUUGUGCGUGCAUCGAAAUGAAUAAUGGAGACUGGACCAGACAGUCUGUUUGUGACCCUCCUGCUUCUCCUCCACAGUUUACACUCUGAGUCUGAGAGGUUUGAGGUCCUUGGUCCAACUGAUCCCAUUUUGGCUGUGGCUGGUGAUGACAUCAUUCUGCCCUGUUACAUCAAACCCAACAUCAGUGCUGAGGAGAUGACAGUGGACUGGCUGAACCUCGACUUCAAAGACGAGCGUGUCUAUCGUUACCAAAACCACAGAAUCAUACAAGAGGAUCAGAUUCCCUCCUAUAGAGGAAGAACUUCACUGUUUAAAGAGGAUCUGUGGAGGGGCAACGCCUCUUUGAAACUGACCAGGGUACAAGGCACUGAUGAGGGAACUUACAAAUGCUUUAUUAAGGCACUGAGCUGGUAUGAUGAUUUCACUAUUCAAGUCCGCGUUAAAGCUAUAGGAUCCAAGCCAGUGGUGUCCAUUGAGGGACACAGAGAGGGAGGGAUGGGUCUGCUGUGUGAAUCUGAAGGCUGGCACCCUGAGCCUGAGCUGGUGUGGCUGGACAGUAAAGGAGUCCAUCUCUCUGCUGGUCCUCCUGAGACACACAGAGACUUCAAGGGAUUCUACACAGUCAAACAACAUGUCAUUGUCCAGGAGACUGACACCAACCACUUUACCUGCAGAGUCCAACAGAGCCGGAUCAAUGAGAAGAAGGAGACAAAGGUUCACGUCCCUAGUGAGUAACACAACAUAAUAUUAUUUAGACAUGAAACACUGGAGUCAUUCAUGUUUUAACGUAUAGUAUAUGUGUCGUGUCGCGUCAGUGCUGGCAAUUAUUGCUGAUGAACAAAGGAGUCUGCUCAUAC